ACAGUUAUUUUUUUUAACAGAUUAAAUUAAGAUUAAAAAAAAAAGGUAAAAUAAAUGAAUGAAUGAAGGGCAAGGAGAGAGGUGAUGUUUGAGUGGAAAGAAAGGAGGAAGCAGGCGCAAUGUGAUUGAAGGAUAGCUGGGCUUCCAUUCCAAGAACAAGGAGCCAAGGAGGAGCAGUAGCGGCAAAGACCCGCAAAUCCUCAAUUGCUGCAAAAAUAACGCAAAGAAAUGCUAUCAACCAACUCAAAGAAGGCUUUGCUCUACUCACAACUUCUCUUCAACAACACCACAAUCUUCUCAAUAUCUGCAUCUUCUUCUUCUGCUGCUGCUCUUUUGAGUCAUCUGAAUCUGAAUAGCCCAACCCACCAACAAUUCUUCUUCUCUUGUUAUUAUUCCACUUCUCAUGCACAUGUAAUUCCAAUUCAACAACUCAGCUUUAAUCCUAGCUUUAAUGCUAAGGACAUUGUCCAAUCCUUUAAGGAAUGGUUACAGCUCCGACACACUGAUUACUUGGAUCGGAUUUUCGAGAUCCUAAGCGCCCAAGAUAAGGUGGAUGAAGGUGCCCUCUCCCAAUUGGGUCUCCACCUCACCGAGUCAUUGGUCCUGGAUGUGCUUUAUUAUGGCAAUGGCAAGAAUGACUUCCUCUCUUGUCUUAAGUUCUUCGAUUGGGCUGGUCGCCAACCUGGGUUCUACCACACUCGCUCAACCUUCCACGCCAUCUUCAAGAUCCUCUCUAAGGCCAAGCUUACGCGUCUCUUGAUGGAUUUCCUUGAUAAUUAUAUGGUUUUUGCGUUUCUUAAUAAUAAGCUCGCAUUUUACAGCACUUUGGUAAUUGGGUACUCUGUGACUGGGAAGCCGCAAGUUGCGCUCCAAGUGUUCGGUAAAAUGCGAUUUCUGGGUUUUGACUUGGAUUACUUUGGUUAUCAUAUCCUUCUCAAUUCUUUGGUCGAGGAGAGUUGUUUUGAUGCAGUUGGCUGUAUUUCCAGGCAGAUUUCUCUUAGGGGGUUCGAGAGCCAUGUAACGCAUUGUAUUGUAGUUAAGAGUUUGUGUAAGCAGAAACUGUUGGAUGAGGCCAAGUCACAUUUGCGCCGGGUAAUCCUACUUGGCGAUGGGACUCGCCUUGGGGAUGCGGUGGGCGUUCUUGUCGGUGCGCUUUGUCAAAAUGAUUGCUUUGACGAGGCAGGGCUGGUAGUUGAGGAGUUUAGGGAGUUGGGGGUCCCCAUGGAGCCUGCUUAUAAUGUGUGGCAAAGGAAUCUUGUUCAAGCUGGUAAGAUUGAUGCGGCUUUGGAGUUCUUGAAGCGAAAAAAGUCAUUAGAAUGCUAUGUUCCUGAGGUUUUCCAGUAUAAUGCUUUGCUGUGGAGGCUCUUAAAAGAGAACCGUCUCACAGAAGCGUGUGAUUUGCUGAUGGAGAUGAUGGAGGGUGGGGUCUCUGCUGAUAAGGUCACAUUGAAUGCUGCAUUGUGUUUCUUUUGCAAAGCUGGAAUGGUAGAUGUUGCACUUGACUUGUGUAAUAGCAAAUCAGAGUUUGGGUUCUCAGCUAGCAGCAUGGCGUGUAAUUAUCUCAUAAAUUCUCUAUGCAGGGAAGGGAAAAUUGAUGAGGCUUACAAUGUGUGGAGGAGGAAUUAUACUGAGCAAGGUUAUUUUCCUGGUAGAAGAACAUUUUAUAUACUUGCAGAUGCUUUGUGUAGAGAAGGGAAGCUUGAUAUAAUGAUACAGCUGGUUCUUGCUGCUCUAGAGCGGAAUUUCAUUCCAAGUGAUUCCCUGUACAGUAAGUUCAUAUCAGCUCUAUGCCGGGCUCGGAGGCCAGAAGAUGGUUACUUGAUACUUGUAGAACUUAAUAAAAUGAAUAGGGUUGCUCCAAAGACUACUUACUCAAACUUGAUUCAUGGUUUUAAAGAAUUAAAGAAGGGGGAUAUUGCUGCUAGGCUUCUUAUUGAAAUGCAAAAUAAAGGUCAUAUGGCUACUCGUACUUUGUUUAGAGCUGUAAUUUGCAGUUUGUGUGAUUUGGAAAAACCAGAAACUCAAUUCUUCAAAUUGUUGGAGAUGCAACUCUCUUGUCAUGAACCUAACUGUAAGAUAUAUAACUUCUUCAUUGAUGGAGCUGGGCAUGCAAAGAAGCCUGAACUAGCCAGAGAAGUAUUUGAGAUGAUGCAGAGAAGUGGGAUUGAGCCUAAUAUGAAUUCUGACAUUCUUAUGUUACAAAGUUAUCUAAAGAAUAAGAGAAUAUCUGAUGCUCUAAAUUUUUUUGAUGCUUUGCGUCAGAGAAGAAAGAUUGGCAGUAAUUUAUACAGCACCAUGGUUGUUGGUCUUUGCAAAGUCAACGAAAUGAAUCAUGCUUUAUAUUUUUUGGGGGAAUUCCAGAGUAAUGGCGCGUUUCCUAGCGGAGAAUGUUAUGAGGAGCUUAUAAAGCUGCUGUGCUCAAAUAAAGAAUAUAAAAGGGUGGUACAUCUUAUUAUUGACUUGGAGAAAGCUGGGCGCCGUGUUACUUCCUUCAUAGGUAACACACUGUUGUUGCAUUCCUUGAGAAGUGAAGAGCUCUAUGAUGCUUGGAUUCAAGUGAGGGACGUGCAGAAUUUUCCUUCUCUUUCAGUCCUCGGCCAACUCAUUGGUGCAUUUUCUGGUCGUGUUCAACUAAGCCAAAAAAUUAACUGGGAACUAGUAAUUGAACGAUGCUUCCCGCUUAAGCUUUACACGUACAAUAUGUUGUUGAGGAGAAUAAUUAUGGAUAAAAUGGAUGAUGCUUGUGAGUUGUUUGAUAGAUUAUACCAGAAAGGUUAUGAGCCUAAUAAAUGGACUUGUGAUAUCUUAGCACAUGGCCUUCGUAAGCAUGGAAGGACAAAUGAGGCUAGGAGAUUGACGAAGAUGUUUAAACAUUUUCCUCGUACCAAAUGACUCUGGUAAUCAUAACAGCUACAGCUUCUGAAAAAUGCAGACUUCAACAAAUUUUUUUCGAGGAAAAAAAGUUGGAUGCUAGUUGAUUGAUUACAUGGAAUAUCUCAUUUUUCUCUACGUGGCUUUGUUGAUCAUUUGUAAGAUAAGGGUCGUGUGUAAUUCAUAGUUUAAAGCAAUUCUAUGAUAGAUAGAAGUGAUGUAAAGCAUAGAAAUGUAAGAGCUAAUCGAAUGAUUUGGCAGUUUUGAACAUAACAAUGAAUUCAGCACUUAUUAAUUUCUGGUCA